CGGGGAGGCGGUGGCGGGGAAGGGGGAGGAGAGGCGGCGGAGUGCGCUGCCUCCCGUGGAAUCAAACGGGGGGAGAGAGGAACGCGGGGAGGAAAGGACGAGCCGGGCUGGGGAGGGUCCCGGUCCCGGUCCCGCCCGCCUCGGAGCACCCGCGUCGCCUCCGCGCCGGGACCGCGGGUAGAGUCGCUUGGGGCGGCCGCCGCCCGCCGGCCCCGCGCCCAUGUGCUCCCGGCAGCCGCGGCGGGCAGCCUCCACGCCCGGCGUGUCCGGACCUUUGACUUCAUGAUGGGAGGAAAUAUCCCCCCGCCUCUUUGGAUCCAAGCUUCUCCCAGUGUGAGGAUUUGUCAAGGCUGAGAGAUUCCGGAUUAUCCAUAAAGCUCCUCUAAAAUACAGUUACUUUUGUCUUCCCAUCUUGUGGGGUCUUGGAGCAGACACAAAGAUGGCCUCCAGCCUCACCUGUGCUGGCAUCGUCUGGGCCUUCCUCUCCUUCCUCUGUGCUGCUGCCUCCUGUGUUGGCUUCUUCAUGCCCUACUGGCUCUUGGGGUCUCAGCUGGAGAAGUCUGUUUCCUUCGGCACUUUCCGGAGGUGUUCCUACCCGGUGCGGGAUGAGAGCCGCCAGAUGACCGUGAUGGUGGAGCAGUGUGGCCGCUAUGCCUCCUUCCAGGCCAUCCCGAGCGCCGAGUGGAGGAUCUGCACGGUGGUGACGGGCCUGGGCUGCGGGCUGCUUCUCUUGGUGGCCCUGACAGCGCUCAUGGGCUGCUGUGUGUCCGAGCUCAUCUCCAGGACUGUGGGCAGGGUUGCAGGAGGAAUCCAGUUCCUCGGGGGUUUGUUGAUCGGCUCUGGUUGUGCCCUCUAUCCUCUUGGCUGGGACAGUGAAGAAGUCAGACAAACCUGUGGUAACCUUUCCAACCAGUUUGAAUUGGGGACCUGCCACAUCGGCUGGGCCUACUACUGCACGGGCGGGGGCGCGGCGGCCGCCAUGCUGGUGUGCACCUGGCUCGCCUGCUUCUCGGGCAAGAAGCAGAAGCAAUACCCCUACUGAGCCGGCCCCGGGCAAGGGCCCUGCCAGGCUCGCCCAGGUCUGCUGGACAACAACCACGGACAAGGAAUUUUCAAGUGCUUUCUCUCAGGAGCAGGACGGCGGGCGGCCCCAGGGUGGCAGGGAGGUGAAGAGUGGUGCAAAGCCACCCGGCCGGGCUGGGCAGGGACUGGCUCUCUCACCCGAGCCUGCUCAGGGUCUGCUCCACAAAAAUAUAAGCAAGGAAAACUCUGCUUUGGCAAAUGGUGAAAUUCUGCAUGCACCAAUUACAGGACAGCCUGGUGAGGGGUGGCAGCGCCCACGUGCUGGGGUAGCGCCUGGCAGCCCCUCAGUGCGGCGCUCCCAAAAGCACACACGCACGCACAGAUGUUGACCAUGGCACAAAACAAGUAGGGGGGAAACUUUUUUUUGGUGCGAUUCUU